CCUGGUGAGCGCGCCGCACAUAGUGCAGCGGAUCCCCGGGAAAUUCAAAUAAUAAAAGAAGUUUGACGUUUCGUAAAUUACGAGUGAGAACAUAUUAUAUUCUAGUUACGAAUCUCAACUUAAACGUGAAAACCAACUUAAGUUCAGAGUGUUGUGUAUAAUUUUUUUAAUUAAAAUGAUUUCCUUAGUGUUGUUUGUUUUGGGAGCUAUUCUCGCAACAACAGAAGGUUGUGGCCCAGGAAAGCAGUUAUUAAAAUCUGGAGGUUUGACUGCUUACGAGAAACAGGCCAUUGUGGACGCACACAACCGUCUCAGACAGACUGUUGCUCUCGGACAAAUUACCAAACAGCCCCCAGCAGCUAACAUGAUGGAAAUGAUUUGGGACGAUGAAUUGGCAGCUACUGCUCAACGCUGGUCCGAUCAAUGUAUACCCGCUCACGACCGCGCUGCCCAACGUGAUUUGGGCAGAUUCCCUGUUGGACAGAACCUCGCAGCCACUUGGACAACUCGUCCACCAACUGAACCAUCCGACUCUGCGCCUGACUUCCAGAAGCAAAUCAAUGCUUGGUUCGAUGAAGUCGGUAAAUACGGCUUCAAGCCUAUCACGGGAGGUCAUGGCACUGGACACUAUUCACAGUUGGUUUGGGGCGAGACCUCACAUGUGGGUUGUGGCUACACUUUCUACUACGAUCCGUCCAAGGGCUACACGAAACUGUAUGUGUGUAAUUACGGCCCCGGCGGUAACGUCAUAGGAUCCAAUCCUUACGAAAAAGGCUAUCCCGCGUGCAGUACCUUUGGUCUUACGGAAUCACGAAAAUAUUCGGGACUUUGUGUUGCCAGUUUCACCUCGUCAUCAUACCAAGAAAACUCGAACAGCUACAUCUCUAAUGCCAUCCCCGACAGCACGGGCGAGACUCAAACCUACAACUAUCAAUACAGGAACCAAUUUUACAAUCAGUACAACAACCAAUACCAGUAUCAAUACCAGCAGCCAGAAACUUACUACCAAACUGAGACCUCCUCAUUCAGGCCGUUGCUCAGUAUCUUCAAAACCGCUACAAACCUGUUCACAAAACCGAAAUCUCAGGUUCGGAUUGGCACUGUUUUCGUAUAGAGACUUCUUCAGUGUGAAAUAUAUUAAUACAUAGCAGUAUUUUCUAAAUUAUUGUGACGGUUAUGUUACUAGACUGAUUAUUCGAAGUCUCUGAUUACAGUGCUUCGGAACAUUGUAAAUAGUAUUGUUACUCCUUGGUUUUACAAGGAAUUAAUUAAGCCUAAAUAUACAAACUAUGUGAGGGUCUCAGUGAUAAAAAAAUAAAUUGCUGUCGAGAAUGGCCUUCUAGUAUUAGCUAAAGAUAUGAGUUUUGUUAUGUUAAUAUAAAAUAAAUUAAUUUUAUAAAAUA